AUGUCCCAACCAGAAGGUCCUUUCGUAUACGGCAAAAUCGUCGGCAACUCCAGCAGUACCGGCGACGCAUUCUGCGACUGCAAGUGGACCAACGGGCAAGCCCUCGUCAUCAAGGGCCUCGACGUCUGGUACGGUUCGGCGUACUUGCGCGGUGUUCAGGUCACAUACUCCGACGACAGUCGCUCUGCCAUUCAUGGCAUGGCCACCGAGAGUCAUUCUAGCAUCGUCUUCGCCCCCGGAGAACUCAUCACGUCGAUGACGCUCUGGGAUUACAGCGACAAGGCCCGCACGCGCACCGGUCGACUCCGUCUCACGACCAACCAAGGCCAGAAGUUCGACGUCGGGUCGUCCGGUCACAUCGCCAAUGACAUCGACAUCGGCUCGGGCGUCCUGGUCGGCAUGGUGGGCCGCAGCGGGUGGGACAUCGAUCAGCUCGGCGCGGUCUUCUUACGCUCCGCGAUUGUGCGCGUUGCCGUCACCAACGUCGUGUACAACCCCGAUCUCGCCGGCACGGACAAGGGUAUCCACCCCGUCGCGCUUCAGCAGGCGGACUACUCGAACCCCGCCGACUCGAAGCAGCCGCUGGACUGGGACUACAGCGGCACCACUUCGCGCACGCAGAGCACAACGUACUCCCAAUCGAGCAGCACCAUGUACGGCGCCAGCGUCAGCGUCGAGGUGUCCGGCAAAGUCUUCGGGAUCGGCGCGAAGGCUACGGGCGGGUUCGAGUGGCAGCAUACGUCGGAGGAGACGACGACGGCCAGUACGUCGAGCUCGGUUGGGUUCACUUGGGGCUUGAAGGGGACGCUCGACCCCGGCGAGUCGUGUACUUGCACGGCACUUGUGCAGCGGGGUGAAGGACGGACGAACUAUACCGCUACUGUGGAGGUGAAGCUCGAGGAUGGGACGACCAAUACGUUCACGGAGCACGGCACGUUCCAGAACAUCGCGUAUACGAAGGUGGAGGUGCAGAAGAAGGAGACGACCAAGGUGCCACAGGUCACGGUGUAG